UCACUGGAGAGGAGGUAUUACAUCAUGCCACAUGAUUAUUUAAUGAAUGCCACAAGAAAGGAGGUAUUAUCAUGCCUUGUGUUUGAUCUCACUUGCAUGCUCAUUUAUUUUAUUAUCUUGUCAUGCCAAAAAACUUACCUGUGGACUCUUGUUCUAUGUUGCAGUUUAUUUACUUUAUGUUGUAGUUGAUUUCACUGACAUUGUAAUUUAGCGAAUGUAAGCAAGAUAUAUUACUUAGAAGUGCUUCUUGGACAAUGUCCUUUUACCACUUAAGUUGUCCAUUUCAUUUGGUUUAAUUCCUAACCACCCAUGAAUUUUACUGAGAAGCAUGUACCAUGUCAUGUGGUUCAUUUCUAAACUAUAGGCAGCUAAAUAUUAAUUUUAAUUUGAAGGAUUAAUCUUAGCCCUAUACUUUCCUCUCUCAUUAACUGCUGCCGGAGUUUUAAUGUAAAGUGAGAUCCUCCUAUGAAGUGUGAAAUCAUCCUUUGCAGGGAUUCUAUGGACUUGAAUAAUGACAAAUUGAAGCCUGGAACUCAAAGCUAUUUCAAUAUCAUUUUGCUAUCUCUCUUAGAUUUCUAUACAUUAAAAUGUGUAAAAUAUUUUCAUCGUUAAUAUAAGAUACCUGUUCUAAAUAAAUUGAAAAUAUGAACUUGUUUAUUCUCAAAAUCAUAAUUAUGCAUAGAAAACAUAAACUGUUUCCAAUAACAUGCACUGAAAAUUUCUAGGAGGGAGAAAGUGGGGUGGGGAAGAGAAGGAAGGUCACAAAGCCAAAAAAAUUGUUGGGCAAUGUGGAGGCACCUUUUUAAGGAGGAAGACUAGGAUGAUGAUGAAGAGGAGGCAAAUUAAGUGGAGCUUGUCUCUUCUGCUGGCAUGUCUUAUCAAUGCCAAUUAAUCAAACUAGUUCCAUUGUCACAAGCGAUUCAAUGUUAUCAAGACACUGCUGCCACUGUUAUAACUAUGUUGCAUUGCUUCCCAACUUGGAACUGAGAGUGAUGAUAUUCUUGCAAUGUUGGCUAACUUCUGAGAGGGAAACCCACUUAUUCCAUGACCUGAAUGAGCAGGUUGAUGUCAAUCAUGGUGGUAACAAUGUGGUUAAUCCUCGUUUAGAUAUCUUUAUGCCCCUUCGAUUUGCUCUAUGGGAGUUGGUGGAUAUGAAAAGGUUCAAACUGGACGCUUGUAUGCUGAUGUGGGGUGUUGCAAGGUUCAGCUGAAUUGUAUUGUGCUCCUAAUCCUUUUAACUCUGUGGAGCUUGUCAAUGGAACAGCCGAAAUGCCCUAGAUACAUGAACAUGAGAAAUAUCCUCAGAAAUUCAAUCUCCUCUGUAAAAUUCUGGUUUUCUGAUUUAUUAUUGAAAUCUCUGUUCAUUAGGUGAUGUUCAUGGACCCAAUCAAUGGAUGAUUGACGCAACACAUGGCAGCUGAAUCGUAUCAAGUCCGAAUCAACCCUUCCAAUUUUUAGAUAGAUAGAUUUAGAAUUAUUCAUUAAAGUCCCUAAAAACUGUCCCCUCCUCUCCUACCUUUCCCUUUCAGUGCCAAUUACCGGAAAGGAAUUAUGAUUUUUGGCUAAGGAAAAAAAAGGGAAUUAUGAUUUUUAGAGGCAACAAUUCCAUGUUAUGGGAUUCAA